AUUAUCUUAAUUCAAAACCCCAUAGACUAGAAAUACUGGGACAUAAUUACAUAAAUAACCAUUCUCGAAUCGUACGGUUGGGAACCGAACCUGUAUUCCCCCAAGAAAUCGCGCCAAAUCCCAGAAAAAUGGCGUAAAAUUGCCUCUCAAAACCGAAAAACAGCGCCGCACCGCCAAAUCCCUCUCUAACUCCGAUUCAAGAACCCAAAUUGAAACCCAAGAUCGGUAAUUUCGAUCAAAUUCGUUCCCAUCCUUUUGAAAAUUAGGUCUCUUUCUUGAUUCAAAAGUACGCAAUUAGGGUUGUUGAAAACCCUAGACUUUUAUUUUCUCGCGUUAGGUAGAAGUACCUAAAGAUUAAGAAAACCCUAGCUCCAAUUACCCUAAUUUUGAAUUCCUACUGAGUUUGGGUUUUCCAAGAAAAUUUUCCAUGGAGAUUAUUGGAGACGCGCUACGGCAAGCGUUUAUGCCGAAACACGAGUACGAGAGCCUAAGGGAGGAGGACAAAGCUUUGACGAGAUUACAAAGACCGAUCUUAAUAGGUUCCAUAGGGAUCAUUUGUCUCGCAAUCUUUGUUUGCACAAUUAUAAGCUUGGAGAUUGUGUUUCCUAGAGAUGUUUUGAAGCGACUGUUUUGCGACGACCAGAGACUGCAGCCUUUGCCGUUGAAUGUGAAAGGAGGAGGCGCUGGCGGCUCAGAUCUGUUGCCCGGAGCGUUUUAUUUGACGGAUCAAGAGACUGUGGAUUACUAUUGGAUGGUUGUUUUUAUCCCAUCUAUGGUCAUUUUCUUGGCUUCGGUCGCGUAUCUUGUGGCAGGAAUUACUGUUGCUUAUUCUGCUCCAACUAGGCAUGGAUGUUUAAAGGUGGUUGAGAAUAAUUACUGUGCAUCAAAAAGAGGUGGAGUUCGCUGCCUGUCUAUUUUGAACGUGGUUUUUGCCAUCAUCUUUGGUCUCCUUGCUAUAUUCUUGGGUUCAAGCCUCCUCACAUUAGGGAGUAGCUGCUCAUUGCCCUUGUUUUGGUGCUAUGAGAUUUCUUCAUGGGGACUGGUGAUUCUAUAUGCAGGAACUGCCAUCUUCCUAAGAAGGAGAGCAGCCAUAAUUCUUGAUGAAGUAGAGUUUGGUAGCCGAAAUCUUGGUUUAGAAAUGUUGGAGGCUAACCCUUCGGAAGUCAACCCAGAUGUGGAAAGGCGUGUUAACGAAGGCUUUAAAGCAUGGAUGGGAUCAUCCCUCCUAUCUUCUGAUGAAGAAGAUGAACCUUAGAACUAUCAUGAAGCGCCUCAUAUAACACGUACAGGUUCUAACAGGCAGAGUGUGAUUCUGUAUCAUGUCAGUUCUGUUACAAACUUUUUUGGGGAUUUCACUACUUGCUGUCAGUAGGAAGAUGGAUUCAAUUUUGGAGUAUGGAAGCUCGCACAACCAAUAGCUCACGAGCAGAAGAGUUUUAGUUGUAGUGACAAUCAUGAUGUCCGGUUGAUUGUGCUGCCCAUCGCUUCUCUCCGCUUAGGUGACUUCCAUGGUUUGUGAAUAGUUUAACCACAGUUACUCGUUGUCAUCUUGUGUUUUGAGCCUUAGUCAUGAAAGAGCCAUGUGGGUUUUAACCACAAUUUCUUGUACAGCUUGUGUGCGAGCCGACUGGGUUAUCAAAACUUCAAAAUUCGGUAAUGGUAGAAACCAUUCAAGGUUGUUCAGAUGAUUGUGCCUUUAUCAUUCUUUGUUGAUGUGAAUAUCAGUUGAUUUUGGUGCUCUUUUCACGUCAUUUCUCAAUUCGGGCCGGCUGCAGCCGUGCAGGUGACAUCUAUAUUUAGGAAAUUAAAAAAUAAGAAUAAGAUUCUCUUGUCUAUAUAGCUGAGGCAAUAUUUUGAGUGCCAAAGCCCAAAAUGUAGAACUGGACUGGGCUUCUAAUUGAACCCAACUGCAGACCGGCUUUUUGGAUUCGACUAAGAUUGGGCGUUCGAAUCAAACAAAUUGAAAGCCCAAAAUCUUAACAUGUUCUUGCCUCACAAACCUUUCGUUCACGGUCGACAGUCCAUACUCCCAAAUCUCUUCGUUGAGGUCCUCGUCUCCCA